AUGAGCAGCGUGGCCCUCUUACUGGUGUUGAUCCUGCUGCUUCUCAUGUUUCGUUGCAACUCCAGAAAUGCAGCCAACAAGGGUCUGCUGUCCGAAUCUGAGGAUGACGUGCGGGACAAUGUGUUCAACUACAACGAACAGGGAGGAGGAGAAGAGGACCAGGAUGCCUAUGAUAUGAAUCGGCUCCGGAACCCGUCCAUGCCAGUGCCGCCAUCGCCCCGUCUGAAACCCCCCAUCCGCAGAGAUGCACCCUACAGCCAGACAUUGCCUCGCUACCCACGGAGACCAUCUGACCGCCCUUCUGACAUCGCAGACUUCAUACAUGAUGGUUUGCGAACAGCGGACUCCGAUCCCAGCGUCCCGCCAUACGACACGGCCUUGAUUUACGAUUACGAGGGGGAGGGUUCUGUGGCUGGCACUUUGAGUUCCAUCCUAUCCAGUGAGAGCGACACCGAUCAGGAUUACGACCAUUUAGAGGAUUGGGGUCCACGUUUUCGGCGCCUGGCCGACCUGUAUGGACACGAGUGA